CCAUUCUCUCCGUGACUCCACAGGUAUUUGAGCUCAAUCCCCUUCCCAAAGCUCUUGUUCUAGCCGAUAACUUCGUUGCAAGAGAGAUGGCUCAGGGAAGGGGCAGUGCGGUGGCUCUCGGGUUGGCACUGCUGUGCCUCCUCAUCCACAGUGAGAUCGCCGAGUCGGCCACUUAUAACGUGGGGGAUAGCCGGGGCUGGACCUUCAACGUCGUCAAUUGGCCCAGAGGGAAGCGUUUCAGGGCCGGCGAUGUGCUCGUUUUCAAGUAUAGUCCAUCAGCCCACAACGUGGUCGCCGUGAGUGCGGCCGCCUACAAUCGCUGCUUGACGCCGAGGGGCUCGAGAGUCUUCAGGUCAGGGAAUGAUCGCAUCACGCUCGCCAGGGGGACGAACUACUUCAUCUGCAGCUUCGCGGGCCACUGCCAAGCAGGGAUGAAGAUUGCAGUCACAGCUGCGUAACAAUUUUAGUCCAGCGUUAUCUAAUUGGUAGUAGUAUGCUGAUAUGUAUGAGAAUGGGGACUAGUAUUGAUGAGGACUAUGCUGUAAGACUCUGGGUUUUAAUGAAAUAAAGUAGUUGCUGGCUCAUCAGCUUUGUUUUC